AAUGAUCAGUUUGUGUGUUACUUCCGAGCGGUGUAGGUCGGUUUCGGUUCGUGCGGGCGUGUUUGUUAGGAAAAGUACGAUUGUUGAGUGCAGGAAGACACUGCACGUGAUAUCCCUUCGUUGGUGUCGCCGGGGUCCGUUUGCAAAAACCUGUGCUGUUGAAAGUGAGUUAGCGACCGCGUGCUUGUGUGUUGGUGCGUGACAUUUUCCUUCGUUCGUUCUAAAGAGCGAUCUGCAGAGCGUGAUCGAGUAAUUGGGGUGGUUCGGUUUGUUCUUGGAUCUCGAGGAAUUUGUUCGUGCAUUGAGGGUGGCCCCGUUCUGCCUGUGCGCUCGAUCGAUUGAAGGCGAACCAGGAAGACGUUGAGCGGGUGGCGAUUGGCGGUCGUCAGGAACCAGUUUCUCGCUACGUUUCGGUACGUGUUUGGAGACUUGAACAGCCGACGACGAACCUGGAUGAAAAGCCACAAUACGAAAAAAUAGAAAGGGGAAAAAGUGUCCCACUGAAGGCGGCCGAGAUCUGUGCGCGAAGUGCCAAAUGGAUAAGUAAAUAAAAUCGAAUAGUGCAAAUUUGCGAAGUUCGCUGACAACUGCCGGGCCAGUAGAGGUUGAUGAAAAUUCCAGGAAGCUGAUAGUGUGGAGGUGAAAACGAAUUAUUUUUUUGAAAGUGAUAAUCAAGUGUCCAGAUUGAGUUCAAUAUCCGCAGAGCAGAGCAGUGCCAAUUGUGAAACACACAAGUGACAGUGAAGUUCCCCUUCACUUGACGUAGUCUCGCAAGGUUCCGAAUGUGUUUCUAAUCCACCUACCUCCGGUUCGGCAAGUGCGCGAUAUUUUUUUUUGUUUUGGGUGAAUCAAAUUUUGAGCCAAGCGACGUGUCGCUUGUUUGCGAUCGACGAAGACAACAAGCAGCAGCCGGAAAGAAAAGAGAUGAUGAGUGAUCAUCAUCUGGAGCUUUUGGAAAGGCGACGCAGAAGGAGGCACCAUCGGAUUGAAGAUGGGGGAGGCAAUGGUGGAUCAGCUGUGCAACAAAAACAACAACAACAACAACGUCAAGCAAGACGCCGGUGUUGGAAUUUGUCCAAUGAGGUUUCGGUGGUGAUGGUUUUUGUUGCGGCGGCGACGAUCGUGAGCAACUGGGCCGGUGUGAAUUGUCAAGUUUGCGGACCUCCAGCGAUCCCGGCCAACGCCCGAGUCCAGACACAGCCUGCGGACGGCGGAGGACCCGGUUUCCGGUCAGCUAAGUACGAGUGCGACUCCGGCUAUGAACUGUUCGGUCAGGAAACGAUCCGCUGCGAUCCGGUCAAGGGAUGGGACCGGGAGCUGCCAUUUUGCGGAACUAACGUGGCGUACCGAAAGCCAGUGAACCAAUCGUCUGCAACGCGUUCCGGUCCGGCUGGAUUUGCCAACGACGGCCAGCCGGGCAAUCAGAACCCGGACGGGCAGGAGUGCUCGGAAACGCAGAAGGAGGCAUCGCCUUGGUGGCGCGUUGAUUUGCUCACUCCGGAGGCGGUUCGAGUGGUGAGGAUCACCACUAGGGGCUGCUGCGGGCACCAACCGCUGCAGGAUCUGGAGAUUCGGGUGGGAAACAGCAGUUCGGACCUGCAGCGGAAUCCACUGUGCGCGUGGUACCCGGGCACUAUGGACGAGGGGACGACAAAAAGUUUCACCUGUGCCAGGCCGUUGAUCGGUCAGUAUGUCACGGUGCAGCUGGUGGGCGUCGAGAGCAGCUUGAGCCUGUGCGAGGUGGAAGUGUUUUCGAACGAUGAGUUCUCGCCGGAUCGAUGCGCGGCGCCGAAUCUGAAUGCCGAUACGAUCCUGACGACGUUCGCGAAGACUUGCUACGAAUUUCACAUCACGAGGGGCGAGAGCUUCGACAAGGCGAGGCAGGUUUGUCAAAAACACGGGGGAGAUCUAAUCCACGACAUGCGCGGAGCCACCACGGAUUACAUCAUUUCCGAACUGGAGCGACGUAAGACGGACCUGCGGACGCAGCUGGUGUGGAUCGGAGCGCAGAAGGAGCCCGGCAUUACGAUUCGUACCUGGAAGUGGGUGAACGGCGAUACGGUGCUGAAGCCGACCUGGGGCAAAGACCAGCCCAACAACUACAACGGCGAGCAGAACUGUGUCGUGCUGGAUGGGGGCCGCAGCUGGCUGUGGAACGAUGUCGGCUGCAAUCUGGACUAUCUGAACUUUAUCUGCCAGCAUAAGCCGCUGAGCUGCGGGUCACCGGAGGCGCUGGUCAACACGACGAUUGUGGGCAAAAACUUCACCAUCGGGGCGGCCAUCAGCUAUCGGUGCCCGGUGGGUCACUCGUUGAUCGGGGACGGGCAGCGGCUCUGUCAGGACACGGGAGUCUGGAGCGGAAGGCCACCGACCUGCAAGUACGUGGACUGCGGUCGUCUAGCCGAGAUCGAUCACGGUGGCAUCAUCCUCUCGGAGCAACGUACCAGCUUCGACGUCAAAGCCACGUACACGUGCCACGAAAACUACACCCUCAUCGGUAACGAGAACCGAACCUGCACUCUGGAUGGUUGGUCCGGUACGGAUCCGAAAUGUUUGGUCGAUUGGUGCCCGGAGCCGCCACCAAUCCAGGGCGGCUCGAUCAAGGUGUCCGGUCGCCGGGCCGGUUCCACCGCUAUUUACGCUUGCGACUACGGGUUCGUCCUGAUCGGGGAGCCCGUGUUGUCGUGCGGUCUCGGCGGAAACUGGACCGGAAAGACGCCGGUGUGUCGGUUUGUGGAUUGUGGCAUGCCUGCCCGGCCCGAUCGGGGCAACAUGCUGCUGGUGAACGAUUCCACGACCGUUGGAUCGAUGGUGCGGUACUUCUGCGAUGAUGAUUAUUGGUUGGUUGGACCGCAGGAACUGUUCUGCACGAAGGAUGGCAAGUGGUCCGGAAGUGCUCCUGCUUGUGAAUUGAUUACUUGUGAAACGCCUCACGUUCCGCCAGGAUCGUACGUCGUUGGAUACGACUACAACAUCCACUCGUCCAUUCAGUAUCACUGCGACCCCGGUCACAUACUGCGCGGUGAGGAUACUCUCACCUGUCUGGAAUCCGGUCACUGGAGCGGUGAAGCACCCGACUGCGAGUACGUCGACUGUGGCCCUCUGACCCCAAUACCGUUCGGAUCGCACCGCUAUCUGCAGAAUACGACCUUCCUCGGAUCGGAAGUGAUGUACUCGUGCGCUAACUCGCACCGAUUGAGCGGUAGCCCGAAGCGAAUCUGUCUGGAGACCGGUCUAUGGAGUGAUGCUGCGCCACGAUGCGAGGAGAUCCGCUGCCCGGAACCGACAUUCGCUCCCCAUAGCAUCCUCAGCGUUACCGGAAAUGAUCGAAUGUAUGGCCGGACACUGAUCCGAACGUCGGAUGUGGCGGCCAACAGCGUGCAGACGUACAAGAUCGGUGCAUUGGCCAAGUACCGUUGCGAACGGGGUUACAAGAUCGUCGGAGAACCGUUGAUCACCUGCGAGGAGAACGGACUUUGGAGUGGGGAGAUUCCGGAGUGUGUCUAUGUUGACUGUCAGGCGCCGCCCUCAACCAAACACGGGCGUGUCACAUUGGCAACCAAUGCGACGUAUUAUGGAGCGGCUGCUUUGUAUGAGUGCGAUGCCAACUUCAAGCUGGACGGCGUGUCGCGGCGGUUGUGCAUGGAGGACGGAAGCUGGAGUCACGACACUCCGGCUUGCGUCGAGAUCACCUGUGACGAGCCGAAUCUCAGCGAUAACUUGGUGGCGGAUUUGGGUAGCAGGAAGGUGGGAACGGCGGCCAAGUUCAGCUGCGCCAAGGGUAGGUAUAUGGUCGGAAAUGGGACGAGGACCUGUCAGCAAACGGGCAUCUGGUCCGGACGGAAUCCGGUGUGUAAAUUGAUCGACUGCGGCAGGCCUGCGGAUAUCGAAAAUGGAAGAGUGAUCGUAGUCAACGAUUCCACGGUUUAUGGUGGAUCGGCUGAGUACCACUGCAUUCCGCACUAUAACCGUAUUGGGCCGUACUUGCGGAAGUGCAUGGAUGACGGCAAAUGGAGUGGCGAGGAGCCUCGUUGCGAAUUGAUCGUCAACGACGCCCAGGAGACGAACAGUCUCGGAACCGGCAUUGCCAUCGGCGCCGCCAUCAUCGUCAUCCUUCUGAUCCUGAUCGGAGUUCUGUUCCUGCACCGAAACAAAGCCCGCCCGGUUAAGAACACGGAAAACGUUCAAGCCGCGGAACACAAGGACGAGCAGAAUGCGGCCGUCAUGUCCUACUCCUCGCUGGAGAACGGUCGACACAACUUUGACCUGCCGAACCGGGGCAACCUGGUGACGUUCAACACGUUCCAGGGCGCCAAUGGAACCAACCCGCCCCCUCCCAGCCGACUCAACGGCAACGGGCCGAGCAUUAGCGUAAGCAACAACAACAGCAUCAGCAGUAGGCACAUGAACGGCGGGGGCGAAAACAUCUACGACCAAAUACCGAGCGAGCAGUUCUACGACGCCCCGUACGAAAUGCGAAGCAACGAAGAGGUCUACGAACCGGAACCCACGGCCCGAGGGAACGUCAUCACCAUCAACGGGGUGAGCGUGCGAUGAGCCUCGUGAUCCCAAAACCCAAUGCCCUUUUACCUAUUAAUCGUAGUUUAGAUGAUAUGGUUAUUUAGUUUGUAUGCGCGCACCAAUCCGACAGCGGAGAUUAUGAACAGAGAGAGACUUGAGCUUAGGCCCUUCUUAGUGGGAUGUUCGAAUGUGAGAAAAAAUCGAAAUUUUUAAAAACCAACGAGAGUAUAACUAAUUUAUUUAGGCCUUUUACCGCGACGACUGCCGUCCCUCGACAGGGAAAGUGAUGCUUCUUAUUUGUGUAAAUAUUUCCACUUCCUAUAGAAUGCAAUUAAACUACGCGAUACUUUUUUUAAUCGACCACCCGAGCCGAGCAAAAUUAAAAGCAACGAUAGGUCAUUGUAUAACAAAAUACUCUUGGAAAGAGCUUCUAUAAGUACUUUGUACAUAUUAAAAUAUAACAGACACUAAAAUUAUAA